CUUAAAAGUAGCAUAGCUCUUUGGUGGUAUAUUUUAAUCCGUAUUUACACCGACUGACCAGUCAUAAAAUCUGAACCUGUAUCUCGUGACCGUGUUCCUGUUUCAGGUCCUCCGCUGCAUACGUUAUGUGAAUGAACGAUCGAGCAGAUUACAAAAUAUUGUAAUAUGUACAAAAAACAUGCAAGAAGUGUGUAUUAUUUUGGCUUCUGCAUUCAGAAUUGACGAAUGUGUCGCGGUCGUUCAUUCACUCAGCGGAGGACCUGAAACCGGAACAUGGUCACCCGUUGUUAAGAGUAGGCUAAAUCGUAACACCACCGGUGUUUGCUCUCUAACACGCGAUCCACAACCGGACGAUCUGUUUUACGGACACAAAGCUGUUAAAUCAAUGCGUAUCUGAAGGGAAUUUAUGAAAGAGCAACCUUAUGAGCUGGCAGUGGAUGUUGGAUGUGGGUCAGGACAGGGAACGUUGCUCUUGGCACCGCAUUUUGCUCAUGUGGUGGGGACAGACAUCAGUCCUGCUCAAUUGGAGAUGGCACUAAAGCAUGCUAGCUCCCCAAAUAUCACUUACAGGGAAUGUCCAGCGGAGGAGCUGCCUUUUGAAGAUGGCUCUGUGGAUCUUGUGGCGUCCAUGUCUGCGUUCCAUUGGUUUGACCAUUCACGUUUCCUUCAGGAGGCUCACCGAGUCCUGAAGCCUCAUGGCUGCCUCGUGCUUCUUAACUACACUUUGGACAUGGAGCUUAGUUAUGGAGACUGUUCAGAGGCUUUAAACAACAUCUGCAAAGAGUAUUAUGCUGCCCUGUUCCCGUACCGGAACCCUUACCUAGGUCGCAGUUCUCUUGACCUUUAUAAGCAAGCCUACAACUCUCUACAGUAUCCAGUCAAAGAAUGGUAA